AUGACAGUGAAGUUGAAGAAUGAUUCGUCAUCGGAAGAUGAGCCGCUGGGGAACGGGGGCCGCAAGGCGGCGCGGCCGGCGCGCGGCAGCAAGCGGCGGGCGGUGAAGGAGGAGGAGAGCAGCAGCGGCGAGCAGGAGGAGGUGCUGUCACAGGAGGUGAAGAAACGUAAAACGGUGUCCAAGCGGCGGGCGCCGGCGCGCAAGGUGAAGGAGGAGGAGGGCGACAGGGACGCGAAGAAGGAGAGCAGCGUGGACGGCGAGGAGGACUCGGAGGAGUUUAAGUGGUGGGAGCGCGAGGAGGAGAAGGACGACAGCGUGAAAUGGGUGACGUUGCGUCACAACGGCGUGAUGUUUCCGCCGGAAUACACGCCGCUGCCCUCGCACGUGCGGCUGUACUACGGCGGCAAGGCGGUGGAGCUACCCGCGGAGGCCGAGGAGGUGGCGGGCUUCUUUGCAGCGCUGCUGCAGUCGGACCAUGCGCAGAACCCUGUUUUCCAGAAGAACUUCUUCGAGGAUUUCCUGUCGGUCCUGAAUAAGCAUGGCGGGGCGCGCAACGGGAUCGACAUACAGGAGUUCAGCAAGUGCGAUUUCAGCAAGAUGCACGCGUACAUACAGCAGCAGAAGGAUCAGAAGAAGCAACUGAGCAGUCACGAGAAGAAGCUUUUGAAGCAGGAGAAGGACAAACAGGAGGAGCCGUACAAGUUCUGCUACCUAGACGGUCGGAAAGAGCAGGUGGGCAACUUCAAGAUUGAACCCCCGGACCUUUUCCGGGGGCGCGGGGCCCACCCGAAGACGGGCAAGCUCAAGCGCCGUGUGCAGCCCGAGGAUGUUGUGCUGAACCUCGACAAGGACGCUCCCAUUCCCGAGCCGCCCGCGGGCCACAAGUGGGGCGAGAUCAGGCACGACAACACCGUUCAGUGGCUCUGUAUGUGGAGAGAGAAUAUUUCCAAUUCCUUCAAGUACGUCCGUCUGGCCGCUAACUCUUCUCUGAAAGGUAUGAGUGACUUUAAAAAGUUCGAAAAGUCUAGAGAACUGAAAAACUACAUUGACAUAAUCAGAGCUGAUUACAGAAAAAACCUCAAGAGUAAGGUGAUGUUGGACAGACAGAUAGCCGUUGCAACCUAUCUUAUCGAUGUAUUUGCCCUUAGAGCCGGGGGAGAGAAAUCGGAAGAUGAAGCCGACACCGUUGGCUGCUGCUCUUUGAGAUACGAACACAUAUCUCUGAAACCACCCAACACCGUUGUCUUCGAUUUCCUUGGUAAGGAUUCUAUAAGAUACUAUCAAGAGGUCGAGGUGGAUAAGCAGGUAUUCAAGAACCUUUCCAUCUUUAAGAGACCCCCUAAGGAACCCGGUCAUCAACUUUUUGACAGAUUGGACCCUUCGAUUCUGAAUAAGCAUCUUCAGAACUACAUGCCGGGUCUUACCGCAAAGGUAUUCCGUACCUACAAUGCUUCCAAGACAAUGCAGGAUCAACUUGAUUUGAUACCUAACGAAGGCAGCGUGACUGAAAAAAUGGUGAGAUACAAUGCCGCUAACAGAGCAGUUGCGAUCUUGUGUAACCAUCAGCGGACAGUCGGACGCAGUCAUGCGCAGUCGAUGCAAAAGGCCACUGAGAAGAUUGAAGAGUAUCAGUGGCAGAAAAUAAGAUACAAGAAAGCCAUUCUGCAGUUGGACGAAUCUGAGUUGAAGGCAAACCCAAAGUUCUUCAAAGAGAUUAACGACUUGACGAAAGAGGAGCAGAUGUCGAUACACAAGAGGGUGCUUGAACGAGAGCGCGAGAAGUACCAGAAGAAAUUUGCUCGUGAAAACGAAAAAAGGAAGUUCGAGGGGGAAGAGCUCCUACCAGAAUCUCAGCUUGAAAGUUGGCUUGCUGAUGUUGAAGAGAUGGGAAAAGAAUAUGUAGAAGAGUUGGAGACAGGCCUUGUAACUGUGAAACCCACGUUGCAGUCUGUUGAAAAGCUAAAGGCACAGAUUGACAAGCUUGAACAGCGGAUCAGGACAACAUCUAUUCAAAUGAAGGAUAAGGAGGACAAUUCGACUGUUGCAUUGAGUACAUCGAAGAUUAGUUACAUUGAUCCACGGCUCAGUGUUGCUUUCUGUAAGAAAUACGACGUGCCUCUGGAAAAAGUUUUCACCAAGACCCUGAGGGAGAAGUUUAAGUGGGCCAUCGAGUCUGCAGACGAAAACUGGAGGUUCUAG